CUUCCCAGAACAUUAGUCAAAGUUCUGAGAAUGUUCAGUGCUAGCUGGGAAAGAUUCUUUAUAGUGGGUAAUGUUCUUUGGAUUUUUCAAAUGUUCUUCACUCUGAGAAGAAAUACUCAUUUUGUUUCGUUCACUCAAAGAUCUAAAGCUGCAACUGAGAGAUGAUGGUCACUAAAAGAGAGUCGGCCCCUGACAAAGCAUCAGAUGAAGAUACGGAAAAGACAGUGAAAGACGAUGCAGUUCAUCUCAGGAGGAGGAUAGGCCUGCUGCCGUCUGUUUGCUUCAUCAUCGGCACUGUGGUGGGCAGCGGUAUCUUCAUCGCCCCCAAAGGCGUGUUGAUGAAUUCGGGCAGCGUGGGAUUGUCCCUGCUGGUCUGGACUCUGUGUGGCGUCCUCUCCACUUUUGGUGCUUUAUGCUAUGCUGAACUGGGCACGAGUUUUAGAAAAUCAGGCGGUCAUUACACUUACCUGUUGGAGACCCUGGGGCCCCUGCCUGCCUUCCUGAGACUGUGGACGGAGCUCAUUUUCAUCAGGCCUGCAGUGGCCACAUACGUGUCUUUAGCUUUUGGCCAGUAUGUAGUGGAGCCAUUAUUCAUGCCUUGCGCCGCUCCGACGGCCCUGGUCAAACUCGUCAGCAUGCUGGGAGUCACGUUUGUGGUGGCAGUGAACUGCUGGAGUGUGUCAAUGGCAGCUCGUACACAGGUCUUGCUGACCUUCAUCAAGAUGUUUGCUCUGAUUCUGAUCAUCAUCCCAGGCAUCAUGGCUCUGGCUAAUGGAAAAACCGAAAACUUCCAGAAUGCCUUUGUCUCAGAUUCUGUGGCUCUGACCAAACUGCCUCUGGCCUUUUAUUCAGGUCUUUAUGCAUAUGGUGGAUGGUGGGUAUUAGCAGCAGUGUCAAACGUAUACAAAUCUAAAGGAAGUUAUUUCCAAAAUAAUGUAAAUGUGUUUAUUUCUGCUUACAGGUUUUAUUUAAAUUUUAUAACUGAAGAGGUAAUUAAUCCAAACAGAACCAUCCCAUUGGCCAUCGUUUUCUCUAUGGUGACUGUAACUGUGUUUUAUGUGCUGGUCAAUGUGGCUUACUACACCAUGAUGAGCGCCAAUGAGUUACUGAUGUCAGAUGCAGUGGCAGUGACAUUUGCAAGUCGGGCUCUGCAGAGUGUAGCACCAGCAAUACCAGUUUUAGUCUCUCUUUCCUGCCUUGGAGCACUUAAUGGAGGAUUUUUUGGUUCACCUAGGAUGUUGUUUGUGGGCGCCAGAGAGGGUCACUUACCCAGUAUCUUCUCCAUGAUCCAUAUCCGCAGACAAACCCCGCUGCCAGCUGUGAUGUGUUUGUAUCCUCUGGUGAUCAUCAUGAUGGCGAGAGGAGAGAUCUUUCAACUGAUCAAUUUUGCAUCCUUUUCCCGUUGGCUCUUUAUCGCAUUGGCCACUUUGGGAAUGAUCAUCCACCGCUACAGAUUUCCAAAUCAUCCCAGACCAUUCAAGGUCCCUCUUGCAGUUGCGGUGAUCUUUACCAUAGUAUGUUUCUUCAUCGUGGGCCUGUCCCUGUAUUCGGACCCCUGGAAUACGGGAGGCAGCUGUGCGCUCACAUUAUCAGGAGUACCAGUGUAUUACCUGACUGUCAAGAAGUCAUACAUACCCAAACGCUGGAAAAAAGCCUUCAAUUAUUUAAGUCUACAUCUGCAGAUAUUCCUGGAAGUGGCUCAGCAGGAAGUUAAGACCUACUGAUGGAGCUUCACCAAACUACAGACCUGAGUGUUGCAAAGGGCAUUGAAGUUUGUUUUAAUGGCAUACGCAGAGCAACAUCCUUGCACCCUAUCCAUUAGUUCAGGCAUCACUCGUAUUUUCAUCUAGUUUUUAUUCAAAUCUAAUACAGGACUAUGUCCUGGUAAAGUCAUUCUUUAAAAGGGAUAGUUCAUUAAAAAAAUUAUAUUCUGUUAUAAUUUACUGGCUUCGGUUAAUCUCCAAAACAUAACCAGUCCUAAAAUGAAUUCAUAUUAAUCAAGUAAUCACAAUGUGUUUGUAUAAAGUAUCCCUUUAUUCUCAAAAAGUACAUUAAGAAGAGAAACCAAAUUGUAUUCUUUGUUGAAAAUGAAAAUGGAUGUUUCUGGUUAAAGCCUGUUACAUGAGUAAAAUGCAGAGCUGAUUACUUUCAUAUUUCAAUAGUCUUCAAAAAUUAUACAAAAGAUAUCCUAUUGUCUGAAUGGCCAGUUUUUUUGACUCACCAAAAUGUUUGUUGUUGAGAAACAUUAAAGUUGAUUAUUACAUAACUUUGUAUUCUUACAGAAACCAAAUAUCAAGUCACUUGACAGCUUUUUAAAUGUCUGUGCAUCAAUGUAAUACAAUAAGUAAAUGCUACUUAAUUUGUGUAACUAAUGCUUGCGUAACGUUUUAGCACCAAAAAUCUGUCAACCGUUCAGUUUUUGUACAUUUUUUUGAUAUCUUGCUGUUUUUACAUUGGAAGAAUGCAAUACAAUGUAUCAAAUGAACAAAGCUACAUAUUGAUGGUAGUCUUCUAAGCAUAUAUGAACUCUGUGCAUGCUCACUAAUCAUUCUACAUAUGAAAAUGAACAUUAAAAGCUUUGUAAUACACCACAAA